GGAGGGAGUAACAAUUAAGGGAGAAGAGGAAAAGAGACGUUCAGUUGUGGCCCAGUGGUGUCGGGAGUCGGGUCGGCAGAGAACGGGUGGUGGAACCCGCAAGGCAGAGCAAGGCCGAGCGAGGCGAUGGAUUGUGGGGGCCGUGGGGCAUGCAGCGGGAGCGGUGGUGGUAAGUAAGCUGGUGCUUCUUUGAUGGGUUGAGCGAGAGAUCUGCAAGGAAAGAAGAGAGCGGGGUCUGGAAUGGUGGUGCUGAGGCAGGGGUGCAAUUCAGUAACAUUCUCGUGGAGCGGGGGGCGGCAGAUGGGGAAUGGAAUUCUGCAAGAGCGGCUCUGAUUGCCGGGAUCAAUUGCGCAAAGUGUUUAAAGCGGAUCAAGUUCGGGUGGCGCAUCUCCGCUUAGGAGAGGGCACCGACUUGGUUUCAGUUGGACGAAGGUUUGAUCACGUUCUUGAUUGCGGAAGUUCCAAUCAAGAGAAGGAUGUGGAACAUCGCACGAUUGACGUGCUGACAAACUUCCAGCUGAGCUGACACACGGAAUGGGAAGGACAGUGAAGCUAUUAAUCUCCUAGAAUCCAAUUCUGGGCAAGUGUACAUUUGGGGGAUGGCUGGCUACUGGGGGCCAGUCACAGCCAGUACUGAGUGGUGUGAAAAGAACUACGAGAUUUCUCACUAUGUUGGGGAGUUUUUUAACACUAUUUCCAAUGUUCCAAUGAUACUUCUCGCUUUGAUUGGUCUUUGUAGCACAAUAGGUCAAAGCUUCGAAAAAAGAUUUAGCGUCCUUCACCUUUCGAGCAUUGUAAUUGGCAUCGGGAGCAUCCUCUUUCAUGCCUCUUUGAAAUAUGGUCAACAACAGAGUGAUGAAACCCCGAUGGUGUGGCUCAUGCUCUUAUAUAUCUAUGUGCUCUACUCUCCUGAUUGGCACUAUCGAAGCACCAUGCCUACUUUCCUCUUCAUAUAUGGCACGGCGUAUGCCAUAUGUCACGCACUGUUCCAUUUUGUUUUAGUGUAUCAGUUACAUUUUAUUUUUUUGUGUUUGCUUUGCCUGCCUCGAAUGUACAAGUACUACAUUUAUACAACAGAGGUUCCUGCAAGGCGAUUGGGUCACAUGUAUCUUAUCUCUAUCACUUUGGGAGGUAUCUGCUGGCUGGUGGAUCGGAACCUGUGUAGCCGAGUUGCAUCCUUACCAGUAAAUCCGCAAGGGCAUGCCUGGUGGCACGUAUUUAUGGGGUUUAGUGCCUAUUUUGGUAAUACUUUUUUACAGUUUUGCCGAGCACAACAGCUAGAGUGGAAUCCUGAACUGCGGUAUGUGGGGGGUUGGCUGCCCUUUGUGAAAAUUGUCAAACCUAAAACCCAUUAAUUUAGAAUGCGGAUCAUUUCGGCCUGGAUGUUGUGUUGAGUAAGUGGAUGUUAUCCAAGUUUAUCUCAUGAGGUUUGCUCAUGAAGACUCGAAGCCUAGAGGCACAUAAGUGAUAUACUCAAGAAUGCCCAACAGGAAAGGGAUCAACAACGGUGUAAGUCUAGGAAGUGGGAGGCUGUAUUUUCAUGGAGUAGGUCACGAAGGAAUUAUGGAGAGUAGAGCUUUUUGAAAGGUCUCCUACAAUCAGAGGAAACCCUUCUUUUGGGGGGUAAAUUGGAAGAACUUGUGGUGCCUGGUUGCUUCGUGGUUCUCCAGAAUGUUGUGAGUGUCUACUUAAUGUGUGUCGGUAUUCGAAUGUCAUCUAUGAUUUAGAUUUCCCAUCUGUGUGGGCAGCAUGAUGUGUACGAUGAUGACUUUCAACAUUCUCAAACAUUUGGUGCAUAAUUGGUAUAUUAAUCCGAAUUGAGCGUUAGUUAGCGUGUACUAUCGUUAUAUUUACUGCCUAUCACUACGAUUUUUUUCCCUGAUUCGUACUCAUUGUCCGGAAUUUGAGAUGUUCUUGCGUUUAGUUAAACCGACAACACGUAAUGUGUAACGACCACCGGAUGUUCGAAACUACACUGCAUAUCGUGAAUACUGCAUGAUUACGGACUUGGAAUGGAAGUCUGUUUGUUUGAUAGUAUCAAACUUAAUUGAAGAUUAGAUUUGGUGAGUGUUGCAUCGCUUAUAACAAGUAUUCGUUUUGCAUGUCACACCAUGUACUGUAUGCCCAAGUUUGGUACCUUUAACGCACGUGUAAACAACCAAAGAGUUUCAUAGGCAUGGCAUCAAAGGGUAUGUUGGUCUAAGUUUGGUACUUCCAUCUCCGGGUGGACUUGACAAUCAUUUUAGGAUCAAGAAUGGGACAGGCCACUGGCCAGCGCAAAAUGACCUGAUAGCCAGAAGAGAGCAUCCUAUUUUGUG